UGUGGUCUGAGUUUACUGAGAUAACGCGAACCGAAAAAAGUUCAAAGUUCAAAGUUCACAGCUUCUAUCAAACAUUUGAAGUCCACUUGCGAAUUAGAUAUCCUCUAAGCCGGACAAGUUCACCACAGCCUCACCAAUUAGUCAUAAUGCGGCGGAUACCACGAUUAAGACGACCCUCCGGCCUGUCUGCCUCGGCGCCAUGCUCUUCAAUUACUCCUCUAGUUGGCCAAUGUGCGCCGGUAUCCCAGACUAUCUCGACCUCGUGCCGCCGGCCCAUACCGACGACCUUCCAAAGUCCUUUAUCCCUCCGGUUCUACUCAACCGAUAAGCAGCCGAGCACACAGAUCCAGAGCCAGAGUUCUGCUCCUGAAACCGAACAAGCGCACAAAGAAGAGCUUCAGGAGCUAACCGAAGAGGUUAUAGAAGAAGCAGAGUAUCUUCCGCCGCAGUGGAAGGCAUAUAUUCCCCCACCUCGACGUAGCUAUGCCGAACGGUUGGACGACGUCUCAGAUUCCAGCUAUGUACCUGCUUUGACGGCGGACGGCUUGGAUAUGGUUGGCGGAUUGAAUAACUGGUGGGACCAACCGCAACAUUGGGCCUCUGAUUUCGUCGGUUUCAAGCCGCUGAAUCCGGUUCUCGACCCCGCCGUUCUUGAGACUUCGGUACGGCGAGCUGUCGUGGAGGCGUUUGCGCUGAAACAGGCGGGGCGAGAAGACGAGCUGAUAAAAGCUUGGCCGAUAGCGGGGGAGGAUGAAUUACAUCGCCUCUUGAGCGUGGAGAUCAACGUAGCAAAGGACGGCGCUGUGUCGCUGACUGGGGAUGUGUCCGCGGUAGUAGGUUCGCUGGUCCGAAAGAGCGAUCCUGCUGUGACCAAUGAGUCCACUGAGGAAAGCACAAGUGUGCCGGUGCUCUCAGCAGAAGAGGCCCAGAAGUAUAAGGAUGCUUGGAGUCAUGGAUGGAAGGCCGUGUCUCUGUCGGACCCCCGAAUUAAGUUCGCUAUCACAAAGCGAAUAUUCCAGCUCACCGGGCAACUGGUCCACGACCACCAGCUAUCCAGCAUCACAGACGUCCGGUCACUGCUGCAUGCGGUGCAAAAACCGCCCAAGCUCAAGACCCUGACCCAGGAGAUCCAGGAGCGCCGGCAAGACCUCGUGCAGCUGCCCAACGUGUCCUUCGCGACGAAGCGCAUUACGCGCGGCGACAGGGAGAAGGCGGUUGGACGAUUCAAGCUCAUAGAAGAGGAGCUGAAGAAGAGAGAUCUGCCUCUUGUGGGUCAUGGGUUUGUUCGGAAGAAUAGGGAGCUCUCGCGGCUUAAGGGCGGAGUCUAGUAUCUGUUCCCAUGCGAGACGCUAUGUAUCAGUAUGUCGAAGUGCAAUAUCUACCAACUCUGGCCUUGUACAUAUAGAACAACAAUACAGUAUUGCAAUCGACUACGUGCAGAAACACAAAAAUACCUUAUAAUGUGCCAAUGGUUCAUCUAACUUAUUCGGAAACAGUCAUGAUUUCGAGUAGUAGACAGAAGGCAUGACAACGAUCCUCUUGAGGGACCUAGCUAGCUGGCAUCUUAUCAGACGUGCAAUUAUGACGCGGGGAGAAGACUCUAGAUAGGUCUCUCCCCUAUUAUAUAGGUAUAUAUGCAUACACAUAUAUGAGUGUAUUCAAGCGGUUAUUCUUAAAUGUGGUAGUGAGGAGUUAUAUAGUAUCUAUCAUAUGAGGGAUAAACAGGCAAAGUACAGCAAUUAUUAAUAUCGACCUCUAACAGGA